AUGGCGAGGAAGUUUCUGCUGCCGCCGUUUCUGGUGGUGUCAGAGGUCGUACCGUCUGCUGUCGCGUCUCCUGCUGCCGACGGAAGAGCAGCGGUAUGCUUGUUCGGCGACGUUCGUACAGUGGGGCACACGUGGCCAGACGGGAUGCUGCUCGAUUUCGACGAAGAAAACGUCGACCGGUGGAUGCGCGGUUCUCCGCCUCCCGGUGGGUCGCUUGAGAAGUUCGGCAACAACGCCGCCUCCGUGCACCAGCAUCUCUAUCCGGUUCUCGCGGACAACGGCGGUUUCGACGUCUUCGCGAUCACGUUACCGAGUCGACCGCUGUGGAAAUACAUGCUUUUUGCGCCAAGUACUGUGUCCUCAGCAACAGACGCAAAUCAGAGUGUCGAGCCGCCAGGGUUUUACCUCUCUCACGAGCAAUCAGCCACAGCAUUUGAAGGCAGUGUCCCUCGCGACGAUAGCACCAUCAGACUUGUGCCCCAUAUUGCGAAGGAGCAGCCGCUUUGUGGGAUAAGCAUAGGUCCAAACGCAAAAGAACACAUCAAUCCUCUUUGCAAGAAGCGCGUGAUGAUGUACCAGAAAAGCGAGGAACCAGUUGCACAGACGAAAAAGACCCCAUUUGACCCCAAGGAUCCGAAGUGGAGCACCUUCAUGUGGAAACGCGGGUCCGCCACCUGGCGCUCUUCGGUCGGUAUGAACACCGAUGUGGCGAACUGCUUCAAGCUGAUCCAGCGACGGGAAAACGAACUAGGGUACCAGUACCGCUACAUAAUACGACUUCGCCCGGAUAUGGUCUUUCUGUCCUCGUUUCCGAGUCCUCGAGAGCUCUUCAUGAACAAGCGGGGAAGCAGCGCUGAAUCCGGCGAUCAGCUCCCAGGCGCAGCUACUGUUCCAAAGGCAACGAUUUUUGUGAACUCGGUGAGCACGUAUUGCUGUGGUAACCCCGAUCUGUUCGCGAUCGGCUUGCGCGAGGCCAUGACGACGUGCUACACGAACAUGGAAGACUUUUGGGGAGAGGUGAACGAGUGGUUUCCGCACACUAACACGUCCGCGUGGCUCUACAAUCGCCCGGAGAUGAGCCAGAAGUGGAGCAACAAACCCCGGCUGGACUCCAUCAGCCUGCGCUGGACCCCGGAAGACUGGAAGUACGCCUUGUGUGAGCAUUUGGGAGUGACGUUGGAGCCUUUGGAUAGUAUCAACAUGACACUGCUGCGUUCGAAUUUGACGGGCCGGCACGCGCGGUUCAUCGAACCAAAUACCGACUCUGUGGCAGAUCCCCUCACGCAGUGGGUUGUGUAG